GCUACGUUGGGAGACAUUGAAAUAAUAUAUGAUGUUUGUUGGAUGUUGACGCCGUCUCAAAUUCAAAAACUUAUAAGCCAUUACUUUGUGGCUGACUAUGAGAACCCAAUUAGCCCUGAGAUUUUGAAAGCUGUCGCAAGUCGAGUAACUGCGAAUGAUAGGAAGGAUAUUUUAUUGCUUGAUACAACACCUUUGGAAGAUUCGGGUCCGUUUGAAGUCCCUCUUCCGCGUGAAGUGCAUCCUCCUGAUAACUAUGUACCGGCAUGUACGUUAUUUGUAACAGCCAAUGGAAAUGAUAAGAUUUCUCAACUGAAGAAAGACAUCUUAAAACAACUGGGUAUUGACAUAAAAAUAAAGUUGUAUAGAGCAGAUAAUAGUAACCCACCUAAUUUUACUAGCUUGGAACCAACCCAAAAUGGAGAGGAUCCUAGUAUAGCAAAACUUGGUUUAGUAGAUGAACAAAUAUUAUACUUAGUUUUUUGGGACGAUAAAAAUGGAAGGUUUGAGAAUGUCUCUUUUGAAUUACCAGAACCUUUACCUGAUGAAGAAGACGAUGAUGAAAUUGAACCU